AUUUGGAAAAAUAUGGUGCUCAUUAAUUAGAACUUGCCCACUUCACAGCAUGGCCGAUCUUCAAGUUAGAUUUAGAUACUGAUCUGAAGGAAUGAAAUGACAACCUACACGCUCUAGACCUCUUCACAGUUUCCUGGGUCUAUGGCUUUCAAUUGGUUCUUCCCUCAAGAUGUGGUGGAUCACAAGACCCCCUCCAGGGUGAAUGGGAUACCACUCGCCAUGGAGUUGCGUUAUCGUAAGGAAGGAGCGAAAAUCGUCAUCAAUGCUGCCAACAAUCUCAAUCUUCGCUAUGACACAGUGGCCACAGGUGUGGUGUUCUACCAUCGUUUCUUCAUGAUGCAGAGCUUUCAGGAGUUCAACCGCUGGAUAGUGGCAGCUGCCUGUCUCCUUCUAGCAGGCAAGGUCGAGGAGACUCCCAAACAGUGCAAGGUGAUACUCAAGGAGAUGCGCUCGCUACUCAACAACCAACAGUGGGCGGGGUUUGGGACCAACCCGAAGGAGGAGCUUAUCACUCACGAGAAAAUACUCCUCCAGACGAUUAAGUUUGACCUACAAAUUGAACAUCCUUAUUCGUAUAUUCUCAAGUUUGCAAAGGAGCUCAAAGGCAGCGGAGACAAGGCUGAGAUAGAGAAGAUAGUGCAAGCUGCUUGGACCUUCGUCAAUGACAGUCUUGUGACCACGCUGAGUAUCCAGUGGGAGCCCCAGGCUGUGGCAGUCGCCUUCAUCUAUCUGGCAGCCAAACUGAGCAAGUAUGACAUUCAGAGCAAAUAUGGCUCCAAGAGUCGGUCGUGGUGGAGACAGUUUGUGGGGACACUGGACAGUCAUGACCUGGAUUGUAUCUGUCACCAAGUGCUGGACAUCUACCAGGAGUCGGGCAAAGACACUAGUGAUGAUCAGCAAUCUGAUGAAGAGCAAUCAUCUUCACAAUCAAACAAGUCCUCUCAACCGCUCGCUCUACCCAACCCACCUCCCUCUGGGGGGCCCAACGGUCAGGUCCCCAUUGUCCCCCCGGCUGUAACUACCCUCUCCACUCAACCCACAACCUGGAACACACUAUCGACAACCGUUGCAAGUCUUAUGGGGCAAAUGCAGUCAGCCUUUCCCAACAAUCAGCAGUUCCCUCAAACUCAAACCUCGUUUCAGCCUCAACAGCCUAGUGUCGGAAUGACAACGUUCACGCUGGCCGAUCCCCUUCAAGCUCUACAGAAAAUACGAGCAGCAACUGCUGUCCAACCUCUCCAAACUCAGUACACAACUACAUCGCAACAACAGCUGUACAGCGCUACCACGCUACAAAACCCCUCCCAGACGAUGAUACCUCGUAUGGUUCAACCUGGAGCUCAAUUAAUAGGAGGAGUCUACCCACAACCACAAUACACAUCGGCACAGCCCAACUAUCAGUCACAAGUUAAAGCUCAACAACCUUACUCUCUCCUCGGACAAACAGGAGUAGUCCAGCAAACUGCUGGUGGUCAAGGAUAUGCCGUCAACCCAGGGCAAGUGGCCUACCCCCCCUCGUUAUUACCCAGGGUAGGGGGUACUCAGCCGAACAACGUAUUGAGUCAGAAUACCUACACCACGCCUUAUCACCAAUCUACGAUACCCCAAGGCACCAAGGCUCAGCUGGUAGCACUACCUCAACAGCAAAUACACCAGAACACUUCGUAUACAAACUAUGGCACACAGACGGCUUCGUACCUACCUCCUGGAGGGGUUGGAGUUCAAGGUUCAGCUCAGCCUCCACCACAAGUGGGCGGAGUUUCAGGACAAUUGAUGCCGGGAAGAACUCCAGUAUACCCUCCGACGGCACGAGGCCACACCCCCAACAAACCCGGCUCUGGGAGGUGGGGCAUGAGAUGAUGUUGAAACUUGUCUAGGGCAAUCAAUAAUUUAAUUUUUGUUAAUUCAAUUAAACAAUGGCUAGUUUUUGUUAUAUAAGUAUAUAUAUGGACUGGCUUUUUGUAUCAAAAUCAAACUCCGUGCGUUACCACGUAUUUAAUAUGUAUUGUAUAUUAUUUAUGCACUUAUAUUGAAUAUCAAUCAUAUA